GGCCCGGAGAGUGACACAGAAGGAAUGGAUGAGGACUCUGUGAGUGACCACAGUUAUGAUUCCAGUGCGGAAGAAAUGUUUUUGGAAGGAAAAGAUCCACUUUUAGACCAUGCCAGGGACUCGGAUGAACAAUGGGAACCCACAAUGUCAAGGUGUCCAUCCCCCACUAAUUCAGACGCUGAAGCUGGUUCAUCCAGCCGGACCCCUGCUGUCUCCUGCUCCACACCUUCCCCUGCCCGGCCAUCUAGAGGUGUGAAGAGGCCAGCCCAGAAGCGGAGGAGGCCCAGUGAACCAGCGGCAACUACCACCGAGGCAGAGGACCGUUGGCACACUGUGCUAGAAGAUGAUGUGGAGCCACUUCCACCAACAUUUAGACCGAAAAGGCAGCCAGGACCUCAGCUGGACAUGACUGCAAAGUACAGCCCCCUUCAUCUUUUCCAGAUGUUUUUCUCCUUGUCAGUUCUUGAUUCGCUGGUUUCUAACACCAACAAGUAUGGGGCUAAGACACAAGCAGGCAAGAAAGAGGCAUGGAACCCCAUUUCCGUCCAAGACCUGUACUGUUACAUCUCACUGGUUAUUUACAUGGGGUUUGUGAAGUGUAAAAACCUCAAGGACUACUGGAGAACGUCAACACUCUACCAACUGCCUUUCCCCUCCACUGUCAUGUCUUCUAAAAGGUUUCUGACUAUCUCGCAGGCGCUUCAUAUCAGUGACCCACAAGUUGAUGAGGACAAUGACAAGAAGAGAGGCACAGCAAGCUUUGAUAGGCUCUGCAAAAUCAUACCUCUCUACCCCAGCAUGGUUGAGGCUUGCAAGACCCAUUUUCAACCCAACCAGAACCUGUCCAUAGAUGAGAGGAUGGUAGCCUCAAAGGCUGGAAUUGGCCUCAAACAAUAUAUGAGUAACAAGCCAACAAAAGGGGGGUACAAACUGUUUGUUUUGGACGAUUCUGUGUGUGCCUACACUUGGAAUUUUUUUGUUUACGAGGGGAAAUCCAUCUCAGCCACCGGUAAGGGACUUAGUUAUGAUUCCGUUAUGGAAUUAUUAGAUUUUCAACUGCUGGGGACGGGCUACAAACUGUUUGUGGACAACUUCUACACAAGCCCUACCCUGUUCACAGACCUGAGGAAGCUGAAUGUGUGGGCUUGUGGCACCAUUCGUCCCAACAGAGUGGGUUUUCCCAAAACAAAAGUCAACGACAUGCCUAAGCGGGCUGAUAGGGGUACCAUGCGAUGGAUUCGUAAAGAUGACCUGCUCUUUGUAAAGUGGAUGGAUACCAGAGAGGUGGUCAUGUGCUCCAGUAUCCACAAAUCGUACAGUGGCGAUCACGUCGUCAGGCGUGUGAAGGACGCUAAUGGGGAACAGACCACUAAAAAUGUCCCCAUUCCUGCUGCUGUGAAGGAUUACAACAAGAGCAUGGGAGGUGUGGACCUGUCAGACGCUCUGAUAGGCUACUACAAUGUUCUCCACAAGACAAUGAAUUGGUACAAGACAUUGUUUUAUCAUUUCAUCGACAUUGCUGUGGUGAAUGCAUUCAUCCUUCAUAAGGAAAUGGCUAAGAGCUGUGGACAGACCCCCAUGACACAGCUAGCCUUCAGAAAGCUGCUCAUCCAGGAGCUUGCUGGCUACGGCACAAAGUCCACUGCAGCACCUUCUGCCCCCUCUACCUCUGUCCCUUCUGCUCCUGCCACCAGUGGUGUUCACAUGCCCGAAUUCAUAACUGCAGGCAUGAAUGUGCCUCGGGGCCAAAAGGCCACAGCAUGGAGGCGUCGUUGUGUUCUUUGUCACAUGAAGUCCCCCAUCACCUGCACGACUUGUUCGGUUUGCCUCUGCUUUACAGCAGAAAGAGACUGCUUUGGGACUUGGCAUCAGCAGCACAAUAUUGUGUAGAGGACUGAGGAUCUUCCAAAUACUGUCAUUCUAAAGUUGUUUUAUUUUAUUUUUUACUUUGUGUGGUUUGUGGUGUUGUUCAACAGUGACAUUGGAUCCCUGGGCUGCUAACUUGGCCCUUAAAUGUUUCACUUCUGUGUUUGGAGAUAUUGGAUCAGCAUUCUUGUCACAUUUCCCGUUAGUACCUUUUCUGUAGGGAAGCUAAUGAUCCAUCAUUUAUGACAUUCCUGGGAGUGUGUAGACUAAGCAUUUUUGUAUUUUCUAUGUAGUUAUUUUCUUGAAAAAAAUCAAUUUGGCCAUUUGGGCAACUCGUGUGGGACACCUGGGUGACUUCAUACUAAAUGUCAUGUAACUCGCUCAUUCUUGACGUUAUCAGUCUGACUUUGCACAUGUACUGUUGCCCUGUUGUGGACAACAUAUAAAUGACCCCCAGCGUCCUAUAUCAAUGUAUGUCCUUUCUUUUGCAUUUCAAAGAUUAUCAAAUAAAAAAUUUAAACAUGUU